GGGAAAUUACUUCCUCCAGAAAGACCCAUGGUAUCCCCCUACCAUGCGCACAAAGAGAAACGCUCAGAUCUGUGGGCAAUCAAUAUAAACAGCGGACACAGUGGAGUUUUUCAGUCUUGAGUAGAGUGUGAUAUUGAAGAGCUGCUGCAAGCAUUGUUCAUUCGGCUAUUCACAAUGAAGUUUUCUGUUCUCCACGUACUGCCCAGAAGACCGAGGAAGACUAAAGAAGAAAUGGGUGCGGUCGGACACGACCAAGCGACUGUUCUAUCACCUGUAAUGGAGGGCAGUGCCAAAACAGUACAUGGGAGGUUUAGGCAUAAACUGAAGAUGCCCCAAAUACUAGGCUUUGUGCCAAGACCACGGAGCCCCAAACCCAUAGUGGAGAGCAAUCCACCUCAAACAGAGGUGGUUUUGGACUUUAUGGAGAACCUGAAGGAAAAUCGCUUGGUGGAGGCUUGCCAGCAGUUGCUUUUGCGAGAGGAUCAGCUCUUUGGCCAAGAAACCAUGACGAUAGAGGGGUUGGUUCAGGUUUGCAACGAGGACGAUAAAGACACGCUCCAAAAAGAUUAUGAAACCCUGCUGCUCCACUUAUGGAUGGCAGUUCACACCACCUUUAGUUCCACACCCUCAGGAGAACACCUAGAGAUACUUCGGAGUGCGGUGGAAACCAUAAGGCUGCUGGAAGAGAAGGACCAGCAAUGGGAAGGGCGGCCCGAGGGCAGCAGCGAGGCCCCCGUGUGGCGGCCACACCAGUGCCGGCACACCCACGACAACCUGCUUGAAAAAAUGGUGGAUUCUCAAAUGAGGAAUGCGACAGUGGAGGAGGACAAUAUUAGCGUUAGCAGUGUGGACAACCUGUCAACGUCCAUGAAAAGGGAGGUAUGUAGGAUGGGCAAGCGUCUGAAGGAGGACGUUCUCAGGGUGGCCAGGGACAUAAGGGACUGCUACCCCCCAGACUUUGACGUGUGCAACUUGUAUGUGAGACUUUACCAUCAGAAGUUCUCAGCAAAGUUAACAGAACUGGCCCGCUCUGGGCUCGAUGUGGAUGACUGUAACUACCUCCUCUGCUGGGUGAACAAUUACUAUCCAAAUGACAUCUUAAAACACAAAGACCUUGAGGGGCACAUCAACAUGGAGUCUUUGGGAACUCUUUUAUCUGAGAAGGAUCUCACAACAUUGGAGGAGCAGUAUCUACUACAAAAAGAGAGUAGAGUCAGGACCUGGUUCUCCAAGGCUCUCAGUAAGGAGGAGGAGGGUUGGCUCAGUGGAAAGAGUCCAGAACUCAUUGAUGGGUACUGCUUCUGUCCUCUGGCCAUUGACAUCAUACAGGCUGUUGAUGGGGCCAUGAGAGAGGCCAGGACUAUUCUGGGCAGUGAGGCUAAAGCCCAAAGAAUCCUUUGUCAGCUGGAUAGCUUCUUGAUGAGCUAUAAGAGAUCUCUUGAAGAAUUUGUGAAGACAAGACGGGAGAACACUCAGGCAGUCGUGAAAGCUAACUUGGUUAACAUUGAACAAUUCAGAGACUUCAUAGUGAGAAGAGAGGAGUCAAUCCCAGAAGAGAUCAGGACAAGCUGUAUGUCCACAUUGGCAGACCUGAGAGACUGUGGCUACGGAUACUUCACCCGCCCCAUACAUGAGGAGCUCAGGGUGCAGUACCAUAAGCUGUGGACGCAGGCCUGGUUAACUGGGGGUCAGAUGGUACUGGAUGAAGUUCUGGGGACACUGGACAGACACAUGCAGCAAUUCACAGACCUCAAACCCAUCUGUGUGGAGGAGCUGCUGGGCCGGCUGCACAUGGAGAUGAUGGUGGAGUAUGUGAAGAGGAUGAUGAAGAGGAAGAUGAGGCUGAAGGACAAGGAGCAGCAGGAGGCAGCAGCCAAGUUACUGGCUGAAGACAGCAGCAAACUGAGUACCUACUUUACUGAAGCAGGGUCCAAAAUAAGCUGGCUGAGUGAGGUCCUCCCUAAAAUGGCGGAGGUGGUCAGACUGCAGGACCCAGGAAGCAUCCAGCUGGAGAUCGUCACCCUGGCUAUGGACUUCCCAGACCUUAGUUGGAGACAUAUUUCGGCUCUGCUUUCCCUCAAAGCCAACCUAUCCACUGCUGAUGUCCGCGGCAUCAAAGAGAGCCUGGAAGUGAACCGUCCUUCAGUCACCUCCUCCAAUACCAACCCACCAUUCUUUUCCAAGGUUCCAGCAGGCAAAUUUUGGCACAUGCCAUCUUAAUUGUGUAAUUUUCUUGUUGUAAACAGUUUUUCUGGUUGAGAAGACUAACUGGUCUCUGUUAUCAAAUCAAAUGUAUUGGUCACACACAUAUUUAGCAGAUGUUAUUGCAGGUGUAGCGAAGACUAAAAUACAGUAGAAUAGAAUACAGUGUGUAUAUAUAUAUAUGAGAUGAGUAAAGCAUGUAAACAUUAUUAAAGUGACUAUUGAUUCGCAGUCUGUAGGGCAGUAAGUAGCCUCUUAGGUCCAGGGUUAAGUGGCCAGAUGGUAGCUGGCUAGUGAUGGCUAUUUAACAGUCUGAUGUCCUUUUUUGGUUAUGUUGGUUGUUAUCUCAUCAUCUAACCAGAUUAUAAAGAUGUCCUUUGCUUUUCAUAAACGAUGUCAUAUUUAAAAUGGUUUAAGAAAAUGGUGAUUCACCUUAAAGGGAAUGGGUCAUGACAUUUAUAAAGCAUGUGACAAAUAACGUUUGAUUUGAAAUGCAUUGGUCCAAUACUUUUUUUAUUUGUGAUUAUGCUGCUUUCCAAUGCUUCAUAAAUUGAUGUGCUCAGCAAA